CAUACGCAUUAGGGAUGCAAGGCGGCGCCCGAUCCGCCCCGCUUUGUAUUGUAGUCAAAGUAAAUCAACUUAGUUAUAAUCUUUCUGGUUCAGCUUUAGUUCAGUUUGAACUAAAUUUCUGUUUUGGCGGGCUUAUGCGGGAUGCCCGCUUGCAUCCCUAAUACGCAUACACACAGCGUGAGAUCGAGAGCGAGAUGGCCACGCCAACCCCCGCCGUUCGGUUCUCCGACGUGCCGGAGAAUCUGCCUAGAUGCUUUGCUCUCUCAACAAACACCAACCGGCCGAUGAAAGCCACAGUGGACGAUUUUUUCGCGGAGAUUCACAAGGACGACGGUGGCAUCUUGACGAACCCGCACGCCAGGUUCUACUUCGAGCCAUCCAGGAAGCACGGUGGCCGUCUCCUGCACAUCAGAUGCGGCUACAACAACAAGUACUGGAUGGCCAAACAACAACAGCAACAACCAGAUGACGGCGCCGCCGCCGCCGCCAUUGUCAUCACCGGCACCACGACCGAGCGGGAGGAGGACCUGGGUAAACCGUCGUGCACCCUCUUUGCGGUCCAACUCAAAUCCAAGGGCAAGGACGAAGCUCAGAACAUUCUCUACGAUGCAAGCUUCUAUGAUCCCCGGCUCGGAAAACCGGCCUUGAUAGCGGGACAAGGCGAGGACGAAGAAGGCAAGCUUCACGGCGAGUUCGUCGUCCGCGACUUGUCGGACCAUGUAGUGCUGCCUCGCUACGUGGCCUUCAAGGGCUACAACGACAUGUACCUGAGCGCGCGGCAAGUGCACGGCGGUUCCUACCUGCAGUUCUCGGAGGAAGACAUCGCCGCCUCCAGGGCCAUGUUCACCACCUACCACAAGGACGACGGCACCGUCCGCCUCAAGUCCAAAGCCUACGACAAGUUCAUGAAAUUCGACACCAACUGGGUCACGCCGGUCGGGCGCGACGACGCCGGCGACAAGAGAACACUGUUCAAGGUGAUCAAGGUGGGCGACUACUACGGCCUCAAGUGCAUGGGGAACCACAAGUUCUGCAAGAGCCUCUCCGCCGACGGCAAGACAGACUGCCUCAACGCCGCCGACAGCCACAUCACCGAGGAGGUCAAGCUGUGGGUGACGGAGCCGGUCCUGUCCCGGGAGAUCUACGACGUGGUGUACCAUGGGGUGGACAAGGCCAGGGUGUACGACAUGAAGACCAUCAACAUGGCCACCUCCUCCGCCGUCAACCGCACCUCCGAGAACAACAAGGUCAAGCUAUCCCUGUCGAUCACGCAGACGCAGACGAGCACCUGGGACGCCAGCGUCUCGCUCAAGGCCGGCGUCAAGACCACCGUCACCGCCGGGAUCCCGGCGGUGAUGGACGCGGAGGUGGAAGUCAGCUUCGAGGUCACCUCCGAGUACCACUGGGGUAAGACCGAGGUGAACGAGACCAAGCAGCAGAUCGUCUAUGACGUGGUGGUGCCAACCAAGAAGAAAGUCACGGUGAGUGCCAUCGCGUCGCAGGCCAAGUGUGACGUCCCAUUCUCCUACACGGAGAAGGACGUUCUGCCCACCGGAGAGGUGAGGAUUACCAAGCAUCACGAUGGCAUAUACACUGGGAUGAAUACCUUCAAUCUCCAGUAUGAGACCAAAGAAGAAGACCUGCCCGCCACUGAAUAAAUACAUAUAUAUUGUCCUUUAUUUGUGCUCUACUACUUAUCAACCCACCACACAAUAAAUAAUAAUAAUUGAAUAAAUGUACCAUGACAUGGUACUAUCGUGGGUGAUACUAGCCAAGAGCAGUGUGUACGCUUUAUGUACGGACGGAUUAUCAAGUGUACUUGUAUUGUACUUUGUUCCUAUAUAUAUAUGAUGAAUGAAUAAAUAUAAUACAUCACUUCUACUUCGAUA